AUGGAGAUUCGAGAAUCAACCAAGCUUAAUAGAAUGAGGCGCAAGAUGUUAAUUGAUGAAAAAAAGAGACACAGAACAAACCCUACAGAAUUGGAAGCUUCAUCUUCGUCUGUGCGACCUGCUAGCAAGCGACAUAAACCCUACACCGCAAGUACAGUUUAUCAGUUGAAUACUUCCUCUGAAAUACAUGUAAUUGGGUCAGAAACAAUGACGUUAAACCUAGGGCAACCUUCAUAUACUUGUCAAUUCUGUGGAGCUAUAUUUUGGUUUUCAGAGCGUCUAAAAUCAUCCUCCAAUUAUCAUCCAGUAUACUCACUUUGUUGUAGACAAGGACGCAUCAAAUUACCUCCAUUCAGUGAACCUCCACAUCCAUUGAAACAGUUGAUGGAUUAUGGAAGAGACAGAUGUUCAAAAUUAUUUCGUGACAACUUGAGAAUGUACAAUUCUAUGUUCGCAUUUACAUCUACCGGCGGAAAAAUUGACAAGGAAAUAAACCGAGGUCAAGGGCCAUAUGUUUUUAAAAUCAAUGGCCAAAACCACCAUUUGAUAGGAUCACUUCUGCCACUAGAUGGACAAAGACCACAAUUUGCUCAGCUCUAUGUUUACGACACAGAAAAUGAAGUCUCCAAUAGAGUAGCAGCUCUUUCAAGAUCUGCUCUCAAUGUUGCAGUCCAAAAUGAUAUUGUUUCUCAAUUAAUACAAAUGUUUGAUCAGGUAAAUCAUUUGGUCAAAGCUUUUCGAAUGGCCAGAGAUAGAAUUCACAGUGGAGAUGAGCGGACUUUCUCAUUGUGCUUAUCAUCUAGAAGACAUGGAGACAGCUCGCAGUAUAAUGCUCCAACACUACCAGAAAUGGCAGGAUUGAUAGUGGGUGACAUUGGCAGUACAGAUGAGGGCCGGGACAUUAUUGUUGACCAACAGGGACAGGGAUUAAAACGUAUAAAUGAUCUGCAUCCUUCGUUCAUGGCAAUGCAAUAUCCUAUAUUGUUUCCGUUUGGAGAGGAUGGAUACAGGCUGAAUAUUCCAUAUCAACAUAAUGGUAACUCUCCUAAAUUGAAACGAGGAUACGUUACAAGACGUGAAUUCUAUGCCUACAUGUUACAACAAAGAAAGAAUGGUGGUGGGUUACUAAUUAGUGGGGGCAAAUUAUUUCAACAAUAUAUAGUGGAUGCUUUUACAUGCAUAGAAGAUGAGAGAUUACGAUAUAUUCGUUUUAAGCAUCAACAAGAUCAUUAUAGAUGUGAAAUAUAUAAGGGUAUUCAAGAUGCAUUUCUCCGAGGUGAUGUGAGAGCAAAUUCUAUUGGCAAGCGUGUCAUCUUACCAUCGAGCUUUACAAGUGGCCCUCGCUAUAUGAUUCAAAACUAUCAUGAUGCAAUGGCAAUAUGUAGGUCUAGGGGAAACCCAGAUUUAUUUAUCACUUUUACAUGCAAUGUUCAAUGGAUAGAAAUACAAGAUGCAUUGGCUCUUAUACCAGGUCAAAAGCCAGAAGACAGACCAGAUAUCAUUGCCAGAGUCUUUCAUAUGAAGCUUAAUGUGUUUAUGAAUGAUAUUCAAAAAGGAAACCACUUUGGAAAUGUUGUGGGAGCUAUUUACACUGUUGAGUUCCAAAAGAGAGGUUUGCCUCAUGUUCACAUAAUUAUCUGGCUGCACCAAAGUGAUAAAUACCCAACGCCAGAUGACAUUGACAAAAUUAUAUGUGCGGAGAUACCAGACAAAGAAACAGAACCAGAUUUGUACAAGGUUGUUUCUAAAUUCAUGAUCCAUGGACCAUGUGGGAAUGCAAACUCCAAAGCGCCAUGUAUGAAAAAUGGGAAAUGUAUCAAACAUUUUCCCAAGAAGAAUUGCAGAGAGACUACUAUUGGUGAGGAUGGAUUUGCCAUUUAUAGAAGAAGGGCAGAUGACAAUGUAGUGGUUAAGGCUGGAGUUGAAAUGGACAAUCGUUUUGUUGUGCCUUACAAUAAAAAACUACUUCUGAAAUAUGAUGCACAUAUAAAUGUCGAGUGGUGCAAUCGUUCAAGGUCGAUAAAGUAUCUCUUUAAAUACGUGAAUAAAGGACCAGAUCGAACAAGAGCUUUCCUACAAGAAAGGACGCACACAACUGCUCAAAAUACAGCUGCUGAUAAUGAAGUUAUUGAUGAGAUAAAGACCUAUCUUGAUUGUAGGUAUUUGACUGCAUAUGAAUCAGUGUGGAGAAUUUUUGAAUUUCAUAUUCACCACAAGUUCCCAACUGUUCUUAGCUUAACAAUUCACAUGCCUCUAAUGAACAACGUAGUUUUCAGAGGAAAUAUCCAAGUUGACAGAGUAUUACAGCAGCCCGGAAUUGAGAAAACUAUGUUGACCGAAUGGAUGUUUACAAACACAAACUGUGAAGACGCUAGACAGCUAACAUAUGCUGAGUUUCCAGCUUUUUGGAGGUGGGACAACACAGACAAAAUAUGGUUUCGAAGAAAAAGAGGACAUUGCAUUGGCAGAAUUUCAUAUGUUCAUCCAUCAGCAGGAGAGGUUUAUUAUUUAAGAAUGUUGUUAUCUCACAUCAGAGGGGCCACAAACUUCAUUGAUAUGAGGACAAUUAAUGGAAGUGUUUAUGAAACCUUCAAAGAAGCUUGUAAUGCAAUGGGUUUAAUUGGCAAUGAUCGGGAGUGGAAUGAAGCUAUGAAAGAGGCUGCACAAUGGGCCACUGCACAUGAGCUUAGGGAUUUGUUUGUCACAAUGAUACUAUAUUGCGAGGUUGCAGAUGCGAAAAAGUUGUUUGCCGAUAAUAUAGCAUGCUUGCAAGAAGAUAUAAUUUACAGGCUUACAACAGAAAAUGGGAUGCUGGAAACAAAUUUUUCAGAAGAAGAAAUAAUAGAUGCAGUGCUUAUAGAGGUAGAAAAGUUGCUUAAGAGAAGUGGUUCAUCACUGGCUGAAAAUAGACUUCCACAGCCAACAAAUAAAAAUGUGCAAGACUUGGGUAAUACUAUGUUGAGAGAAGAACUAUCACAUAACAUAGAUGAACUUCAGUGUCAAAGUCUUCAAUUCGUAGAGCAAAUGAAUGAUGAUCAAAGAACAGUGUACAACGCAGUUACAGAAGCUGUCAACAGAGACAUGGGAGGCUUAUUCUUUAUUUAUGGUCAUGGCGGAACUGGAAAAACAUUUCUUUAUAAUGCAAUUAUAAGCAGUUUACGUUCGCAAGGAAAAAUUGUCCUUGCGGUGGCAUCUUCUGGAAUAGCAUCACUACUAUUGCCUGGUGGAAGAACUGCGCACUCAAGGUUCAAAAUACCGAUUGAUAUACAUGCUGAAUCAAGCUGUCAUAUUAAGAAAGGGACUCACCUAGCAGACCUUAUUAAAAGAGCAUGCCUUAUUGUCUGGGAUGAAGCGCCAAUGACCCAUCGCCAUUGUUUUGAAGCAUUACACAGAUCUUUGAGUGAUAUAUUUGACUGUGAUGACGAAACAAACGCUAAUCAAUGUUUCGGAGGAAAAAUAGUUCUACUUGGUGGAGAUUUUAGACAAAUUCUUCCUGUGGUUAUUAAGGGUUCAAGACAUGAUACUAUCAAAGCUUGUAUAACACAAUCAUCAUUGUGGCGUCAUUGCAAGAUUUAUAUUCUGAAACAGAAUAUGAGGUUGAAAGAUGUUGGUUUAUCAAAUGAAGAAAAAGCAGAUCUCAGUCAUUUUAGUCAGUGGCUUAUUAACAUUGGGGAAGGUAGGGCCGAAACAAUCAAAAUAAAAGACGAUGAGGAAUGCCCAACCUGGAUAAAAAUACCCGAGUCCUUAUUAAUAAAAUCUGCAAAAGGCGAUAUUGAGGAUUUGAUUACAGAGACAUAUAGUGGUUUGCUAUCUUCGUACAAUGACUUCGAGUAUUUAAAAGAGAGAGCCAUCAUCACCGGCACAAAUGAGGCAGUUGAUAUGAUAAACACACAUGUUUUGAAAAUGAUACCUACUGAACAGAAAACAUAUCUCAGUUUUGACUCAAUAUACAAAGUCGCUGGUGAUUCGGAUGAUGAUGAUCUGCUCUACCCAACUGAAUUUUUAAAUUCACUGUCAUUCAACGGCAUUCCCAACCACGAGCUUCAGUUGAAGACUAAUGAUUACAAGAUUGGGAGAAAAAGUGAUCCAGGCAACAGUUAUCACAGGUAG